GUGACCUUCCGAAGCUGAUCAGUCUCGUGCCAAGCACUUUGCAGCUCCGAGGUUUCACCCGUCGGUUGCCUUUCACUGGUAUAAUCUUUCGCCUAAGUUUCUCCGAAGUUCGUUGAUGUCUCCUUUCAGGAGGCCGAGAGUCUUUGUGUACGCCAAAAAGGUAUCCGUUUGAAGAUAAUGGAGCAUGGUGUGUCUCUCUCUAUGAAAGAAUGUCCUUAAAAGACCAACAGCUUCAACCCUGAGCACUCGAUUCCCCCCAUCUCUUGCGGAUAACCUCAGCAGAGCAGCAAAUAGGCAACAUGACGAAGAUGACUAUUAUCAAUCCCGAGGCAGUACUCAAGGAGCUCUCAAGCGAGGAGAAGAUCGCGCUCUUGAGCGGCGAUGACAUGUGGCAUACGGUAGCUGUACCCAGGCUCGGUAUACCUCGAGUGCGAUGCAGUGACGGGCCUGUGAGUGACCCGGGUCGAUCAUCUGAGCCCAGCUAAUCAGAUAGCAGAACGGAGUCAGAGGUACAGCCUUCGACAGGGACGAAUGGCGCAACUGCAUCAUGUUUCCCUUCAUCCACUGGCCUGGGGGCGUCUAUGGAUAUUGAUCUUGCUCGUCGUAUUGGCGAAGCCUUGGGAGAGGAAUGCCGAGCCCGCGGGGUGCACUGCUUGUUAGGUCCCACCACGAAUUGUCAGAGACAUCCUUGUGGUGGAAGAGGGUUCGAGUCUUUCAGCGAAGAUCCUCUUCUUUGUGGUCAUAUCGCGUUGGCAUGGAUAGAAGGUGUACAGUCCAAGAAGGUCAUGACCACACCGAAGCAUUUCCUCGCAAACGAACAAGAAUACCUGCGAAGAAGCAACAACUCGGUCAUUGACGAAAGGACGAUGCAUGAAAUCUACCUCGAGCCCUUCAGAAUUCAAUGCAAGGCACGACCUGCCGUCUUUAUGACAAGUUACAAUCGAGUAAAUGGUCUACACGUGGCUGAACACCCUUUCUUACUGCGCAAGAUCCUCCGAGGCGACUUCGAGUUCCAGGGUAUGAUCAUGUCCGACUGGAGUGGGACAUACUCUUCUUCAGAAGCUGUCAAGGCUUCUUUGGACCUUGAGAUGCCCGGACCUGCCUUGAUGAGGGGUUCAAGUUUGGAAAGGGAUAUCAUUGGCGGUAAACUCGUCCCUGCCGAUAUAGACGAGUGUGCUUUGAGGGUCCUGCACUAUGUCCAAGAAGCUCAACAGUCUGGUAUCGACUUUGAAAAAGACGAAGAAACCAUCGAUACGCCCUAUAUCCGAGCAUUACUGCGCGAAGCAGCCGAUUCUGCCGUCGUCCUCCUCAAAAAUGACAAAAGUGUCUUGCCCAUCUCUUCUCCCAACGGCAAGAAGAUCGCCGUCAUCGGCCCCAAUGCCAAAACAGCCUCCUAUUCAGGUGGGGGAAGUGCCAACCUUCCUCCGACGUACCUCAUCACUCCCUUGGAGGCGAUCACCACAUAUGCCGAAAGCGUAGGGGCAAAAGUAGAAUAUACAAUCGGCUCCGAUAGCUCGAGAUGGACGCCGCUUUUGACGCCUUUCAUUCAUCAUCCCACGAUGGGUAAAGAUGCCGGACCAGGGGUGCAGUGCAAUUUCUACGCCCAAAACCCAUGGGAGAACAAGGUCAAACCUAUUUUCUCAAAAUAUAACAAUUCGGCAUUCUCGUACUUCAUCGACGGUAUACCGAAAGAAGUACCAGUCAGAGGAUAUGUAUCUCUCAAGACAAUCUUCACUCCCGACGAAAGCGGGAUUUGGGAACUUGGUCUGGGUGUAGCUGGACAGGCCGAUUUGUUCAUUGACGGAAAGAAGAUCAUCGAUAACUCCACUGAUCAGAAAGAGGGUUUGCUUUUCUUCAAUACAGGCGCAGAAGAGCGUACAGGUGAACUCAACGUUGAGGCUGGAAAAUCGUACGACCUCGAAGUCCGAUUUUCCAACUUCAAACAGCUAAAUGCAAUGUCUCCCUAUACCGGCCGUCGAGGUGGGAUUCGAAUCGGUGGAAGAAAGAAGCGCGAUGUCCGAGCAGAAAUUGAGAAAGCUGUCAAGCUCGCUACUGAAUCUGAUGUCGCCAUUCUCUGUAUUGGUACGAAUUCAGAGUGGGAGUCUGAAUCCUAUGAUCGAGAAGAUAUGAAGCUUCCGCCAGGGACCGACGAGCUCGUGCGGGCCGUACUUUCCUCGAAGCCAGAGACGAUUAUAGUCAACCAAUCCGGUAUGCCAGUCGAGUUCCCCUGGCUUGACGACGCGUCGGCUAUCGUUCAAGCCUUCUUCGGGGGCAACAACUGCGGCACAGCCAUCGCCGAUGUCGUCUUUGGCGUUGUCAAUCCAAGUGGCAAGCUACCAAUCACCUGGCCCAGGGUAUUGGAGGAUUAUCCGAGCCAUGAAGGGUUCGGACACCCGAUCGAUACCGUUUAUUGUGAAGGGUUGGGGGUUGGGUAUAGGUAUUUUGACAGAGGGGAUCAUCCAAAGAGCGCUUUUCCCUUCGGACAUGGGUUGAGCUAUACUUCUUUCACCUUUAGCGAGUUAUCUGUUAAAUCCGAGGCUUGUGGCGCCAAAGCGAGUUUCACCCUCACCAACACCGGUGAAAUCGAUGGCGCAGAAGUCGCUCAAGUCUACAUCCACGAUCUAGCACCGAUAGUCGAAAGACCAGAACAUGAACUAGCGGAAUUCGUAAAAGUGUACUUAAGACCCGGAGAAUCGAAGACUGUUUCCGUUAGUCUUGAUCACAAAGCAUUCUCAUUCUACAGCAUCCAAGAGAAGAGCUGGAUCGGCAGGAAAGGCGAUUAUGAAAUUAGGAUCGGGACGUCUUCUACUCUCAUCCAUCUUUCGAAACCUGUUCAUCUUGCUAGGUCAUUCAAGUGGAUAGGUCUCCAAGAGCCUCAGGUGUAUGAGCCGACCUGGAUCUAGUUGGUAGAAUAGGUUCAUCUGACUUAUAGACCUAAUUGUUCUUUUGAGAAUUUAUCUUAUCGCCUGUGCUUGCGUACUUCGUAGCCUUGCUGCACGUUACAUGUAAGACAGCAAGUUGAUAUGCAUAAUAGUAC